CUUGCAACAGUUGCCGGCUAUAGUCGUGUGUGUGUGUUGCUGUUGCUAAUCUACUGGCCCGGGACACUUGGCCCAAAAUAAUCGGCUUGAAACUACCAAAUGGAACUCUCCCUGUAUGUAAGCGCGGAGUUGCCUCGAUCUUUGCACUGCCUGAUGUUCGCAAUUGCAAUGACCUUUCCUUGUUUCCUUCCACCUGUUGUGAUUGUCCCCCGUUCCCUGCCACGGAUGGCCAACCCCGGCGUGCCUUCACCAGUGGCCUGUGCUGUACUGCUGUGAUUGUCCCAGCGUGGUUGUGUUCACCGAAAAAUUCGAAUGUGUUUUCCACUUCACGGAAAACAGCUCCACUUCAUUGACUUCACAAAACUCCUUGCUAAACAUGUCUAGCUCCACAAAUUCCAGUUUCAGAAAAAAUAUGGAGCUAGGGGUUAGAUCCACGUUUUCACCACAUAACAUAGACACGAAAGGACGUUUCUACCCCUGGGCUGACAAAAAUCCUCCCAAAAUGCCACGAAUAGGCCCAAGGCCAUCCACUAUCCACCGCCGCGAGCAAACACACCGGUCCACACAGCUAAUCUGUAGCCCAUUAUUAAAAAAAGCCCAUUAACUGGUGAAGGACAAUUUGGAUCUAUCCCCUUAAUUCCCUUGGGCCGGGCUCUUCGUUAUCCUUUUCUUUUUCCUUUUUUUUUCUCGUGUGUGCAGCAAUCACUGGUCCUGGUCCUUAACAACAGCACGAGUCGGAUGGAGGAGAUGGCUGUGGCGGGAGGGGGUGUCGGCGGCUCGUCGCCGUCGGGGACGAAGACAAAAAAGCUUAAAGUCGCCGUCAUCCAUCCGGAUCUAGGAAUCGGCGGUGCUGAGAGAUUGAUUGUUGAUGCGGCUUGUGAGCUUGCUUCCCAUGGACAUGAUGUUCAUGUUUUCACAUCACAUCAUGAUAAAAACCGUUGCUUUGAGGAGACUGCUUCUGGUCCUUUUCCAGUUACUGUAUAUGGAGAUUUCUUGCCCCGCCAUGUGUUUUACCACUUUCAUGCUGUCUGUGCUUAUCUUCGAUGCAUUUUUGUUGCGCUCUGUGUGCUACUCUGGUGGCACUCCUUUGAUGUUAUAUUGGUAGAUCAAGUUUCUGUUGUGAUUCCACUGCUCAAACUAAAGGCAUCAUCCAAGAUAGUGUUCUAUUGUCAUUUCCCUGAUCUUUUGCUUGCACAACAUACUACCAUGCUUAGGAGGUUAUACCGCAAGCCAAUUGACAUGAUUGAGGAGUACACUACUGGUAUGGCAGAUUUGAUUUUGGUCAACAGCAAGUUCACUGCAGCAACCUUUGCAAGGACCUUUCGUGCCGUACAUGCUAGAGGAAUUGAGCCUGGUGUUCUAUAUCCAGCUGUAUCUGUUGAGCAGUUUCACGAACCUCAUGCUUAUAAGUUGAAUUUCCUAUCGAUUAACAGAUUUGAGAGGAAGAAGAAUCUUGAUCUAGCCAUUUCAGCAUUUGCUUUGCUCCGUUCUGGUGGUGCUUUGCAAGAUGCAACUUUAACAGUAGCAGGUGGCUAUGAUAAGCGUCUCAAGGAAAAUGUUGAUUACCUUGAGGAGCUCAAAAGAUUGGCGGUGACUGAAGGGGUGUCUGGACAGGUUAAAUUUGUAACGUCAUGCUCAACGUCUGAAAGAAAUGAGCUUCUCUCCAACUGCCUUUGUGUCUUGUACACUCCAAAGGAUGAACAUUUCGGCAUUGUCCCUCUUGAAGCCAUGGCGGCCCGUAAGCCUGUCAUUGCAUGCAACAGCGGUGGCCCAGUGGAAACAGUUGUGAAUGAAGUUACAGGGUUUCUGUGUGAUCCAUCCCCCACAGAAUUCUCAAAAGCCAUGCUGAAACUUGUGAAUGACCCUGACCUCGUGGUCAGGAUGGGUAAACAAGCACGGGACCAUGUGGUGCAAAAAUUCUCCACGAAGACAUUUGGUGACCUCCUCAACAGCUAUGUCCUGAAUGUCUACCAUGAGAGGAUGGAGUGAUCUAUAAUACCUAAUUCCAUGUCAACAAUGCCAUGUGGAAACAGUUUGAACAAUACAGCAUUUUUGCAACUCAUCUGACUUUGAUGUACACACAUGAUGCUAAUGCCCUUAGGCAGACUCGAGUGACUUGCUUAUCUGUUUAUUGUGUUUACUUAGUUAAUUAAAUUCGACUAAUCCAUCCUGUACUGCACGUCUACACCUGGAAUGGAGCUGGGCCUUGUUAUA